AUGGAUUCCUCAAAUAUUAGGGAAAACUCACUGAAAUCAGAAUUUGAUUCACUAAUGGGAUGGCCUGGAAGUGAUAUUAAUGGGUCUGGGCAUUCAUAUGAUGAGAUAUACUCAAAUGGUAUUGGAUCUAUUUUUACAAUGCCACAAUUUCAUGAGCUAACUCCUUUAUCAGGAAGUGUCGAAGAAGAUAUUUGGAUGUUAUCAGAAUUUAGUGGGAAUACAGUACCCGAUAGUCAUCAUCAGAAUAGUAUAUCAGGAGUACAGAUUAUAUGUGAUUCAGAUACUGGAAUAUCACCUAACUACUGGCAAGAAGAUUUAAAUACACAGCAAAUAGGGAAAAAUUAUAUAUUAAUGUCACCUAGUUCUAUAUCUACUGAAAAGCAUAGUUCAGAGUCCCUAAUAGUAGAUGAAUCUAUGGGACACUUCAAGGGGUCAAACUCUGACAUAUCUUCAGUUUCACAUGCAUCUACACUUCGUGGAGUUUGGGUUGUGCCAACACACAAUACAGAUAUACAAGGUAAGCCAACACCUAAAAUAGAAAACUUAUCAUCAGAUGACCUCUCUUCAUGUAUAAAUACGAGUUAUUCUGAGAAAAGACGAAGAAUCCACUUUUCUCGUCAUAGAUUUAAUGAUUCUGUGGAUCGUACUUCCACUGCAAAAUUUAAAGGAAGCAACAUUGCUAAAUUAAAAAAUACAGACCAUGGACUCUCCAUGCUAAUUGCUUCUGGAGGAGCACCAUUAGGUAGGCUAGAGGAUAUAGAUGGUGUUGAGUGGUGCCCUGAUAGACAGUCAUGGAAAGUAACAGGACAUACUGGUAUUUCAUGGUGUGUAAGACGAAAAACUUGGCGAGUGUGGUUUAUUACUCCCAAUGGAACAAGAGCUACAAGAUCAUUUAACCCGAAGGAACACGGGACGGUGGCAACAGCCCUCAAAGCUGCUAUUGAAUUUCUGGAAUAUAAAAGAGCAGAGAAAAGUCAUUUGCAAAAAAGUACAAGAGUUAGAAUGAGACGUAAUACAACAUCUUUAUUUCCUUCUCCAGAGUUAUCAGGUAUUAGCCACUCUAAAUCAAGAGAGUCAAUGAUGGGAUAUCAAAGACCCAAAUUUGAUCCAAAUUUAAUUAAUUAA